AUGUGAGUGUCGGUGUUGCAGGAUCGCGGUGGCUCCGGUGCUGCGGGUGUGUGUGUGUGUGUGUGCGCGCGCUCCCGUCGCUGAUUAAUUAAGCGCGCGUUUACUAAUUAGCGGUGCGUUUGUUAGGCGUCUGUGCGCGCGCCCGCGUGUCUCUGUGUGCAUGUGUGUACGCGUGAGCGCGCAUGCAUCCUCCUGCAUCCCGCACCAUGCAGCCUCAGCAUCAGCAUCAGCAGCAGCAUCAGCAGCAGCAGCAGCGUGAGGAACCGCGUCAGGACCAGGCGGCGGGUGAGGGCGUGCGGGUGCUGAAGCAGGGCGGGAUGGAGAAGCGCAGUAACGGAAUCCUGCAGCUCUGGGCUCGCAGACACUGCGCGCUCACCGAGGACGCGCUGCUCGUGCACAAACACGCGCGCCCCGGCACGCGCAGGCCCACGGAGCUGCACUUCUCGCGCGUGCGGACCGUGGACUGCGUGGAGCGCAAGGGCAAGCACGCCUACUUCACCGUGGUGAUGGCGGACGGUCGGGAGAUCGACUUCCGGUGUGGAGCGGAUGAGUGCUGGAGCGCGGAGAUCACGCUGCAGAUGGUUCAGUACAAGAACCGACAGGCGGUGCUGGCGGUCCGGUCCACCCGCCACAAGCAGCAGCUGCUCAGCGCCCACAGAGCCAAACCUGCAGCCCUGCAGCCGGGCACCACCACCGCCACGCUGGUACCUUCGUCCUGCACCGAGAGAGAGCAGCACCAGCACCAGCAUCAGCACAGCGGUUGAGGAGUGACGGAGGGAGGAGGAGACGGAUACCGGAACAGCGUGGGCGGUCCGAUGGACUUCCUUUAUAUUCAUUUGUGUUUGUUUAUUCACUUCCUGUACGCUCACCAUCAUGGUUCACGAGGGCCAGGUUAGCUUAGCAUGCUAACAGAGACUCUGACACUUCCAGCGUGUAAACCUUGAUGUUCACUGAAUUUACACGUCAGUCUGACCACGCCCACUUCACAUGCCGUACGUGCUGAGACUCUCUGAACGACUCCGUCGCUCAUCAGUGUAAAGCUGCAGCGUGUGGGAGGAGGCAGGUUCUAAUCCCAGAGCCCUUCUCCACCAGAGGUCUCCCGAGUGCACAGGGGAAUCGAGUAUAUCCAAACCAGGAGUAACGAGAGAAAGUAACACGUGCAUGGUGAUGAAAGUGAAGUUAUUCAGUUUAUUUUGGUUUAAUUUCAGUUUUUCAUCCUGAAACGUCGAGAAAAUAAAAUAAAGUUCCAGCACAAAGAA